UCCUCCCCUCUUUGUAGGAUGGACGAGGAGUCACCAGAUGGGCUGCUCUUCAAAGACGAUGACUUCUCCUCUGACUUGUUGAGGCAGCUCAAUGGCUUACGACAAAACAGGAUCCUGACAGAUGUGAGCAUCUGCGCCAACACCUGGGAGGUUCCCUGCCACCGAAACGUGCUGGCUUCCAGCAGCCCCUACUUCAGGGCCAUGUUCUGUAGCAACUUUAGGGAGAGCAGCCAGGCCAAAGUCCAGCUGAAAGGCAUUGACCCCACCACUCUGGACCAGAUCGUCCUGUAUGUGUACACGGGGCAGGUGCACAUCACAGCUGAGAAUGUCCUUCCCUUGAUGGAGGCGGCUUCCAUGUUGCAGUACCCCAAGCUCUUUGAAGCAUGCUCUUCAUACCUCCAGAGCCAGCUGAGCCCCAGCAACUGCCUAGGCAUGAUCAGACUCUCUGAAAUCUUAAGUUGUGCGACUCUCAAGAAGAAAGCCAGGGAGGUGGCCCUGAAGUACUUCCCAGAGGUGGCCUCCUCAGCCGACCUGAAGGAGCUCUGUGCCCUGGAGUUGAGAGAUUACCUCGGAGACGACGGGCUCUGUGGGGAGGAAGAAAAGGUGUUUGAGGCUCUCAUGGUUUGGGUCAAGCAUGACUUCGAAGCCCGGAAACGAUACAUGCAGGAACUGUUCAAGCAGGUCAGGCUUCAGUAUGUCCACCCAGCCUUCUUCUACCACUUCAUUGCCAGUGACACCCUCCUUCAAACCUCACCUGCAUGCCAGGCCAUCUUGGAGACAGCCAAGAAGCAGAUGUUUUCUUUGUAUUGCACCAGUGCCCCAGAUUUCAAGCCUCUGUGUCAUGUCCCUCCAAGAAAGUCUUACCAAGAGUUCCUCAUCCUCGUGGGUGGAAGGAAGGACAGCCAGCAGACCACUAGGGAUGUUCUUCUCUACAACAGACAGACUGGCCAAUGGCGGGACCUUGCCAAACUCCCAACCCGGCUGUACAAGGCCUCUGCUGUCACCUUGCAUCGCAACCUCUACGUCAUUGGGGGCAUGGCUGCCAGGGCAGGGAAAAGUCUGGUCAGCCCCAACGUUUACAUCUUCUCCCUGAAACUCAAUCAGUGGCAGCUGGGGGAAUGCAUGCUGGUGCCCCGCUACUCCCACAGAAGCACUGCCCAUAAGAACUUCAUCUUCUCCAUCGGGGGGCUUGGCGAUAAGCAGGAGGUCAUGGGCUCCAUGGAGAGAUAUGACAGUAUCUGCAAUAUCUGGGAGAGUAUGGCCAGUAUGCCAGUGGGUGUGCUCCACCCUGCAGUUGCAGUGAAAGACCAAAGACUCUACCUCUUUGGGGGCGAGGACAUCAUGCAGAACCCUGUGCGCCUUAUCCAGGUUUAUCACAUUUCCAGGAACAUGUGGUUCAAAAUGGAGACAAGAAUGAUCAAGAAUGUGUGUGCCCCUGCAGUGGUGCUUGGCAAGUGGAUUGUCAUCGUGGGAGGUUAUACACGGAGGAUUCUUGCUUACGACCCUCAGUCCAACAAGUUUGUCAAGUGUGCAGACAUGAAAGACCGGAGGAUGCACCACGGGGCCACGGUGAUUGGGAACAAGCUCUAUGUGACAGGUGGGCGGCGGCUGACCGUGGACUGCAGCAUCGAGGACUCGGACACCUUUGACUGCUAUGACCCUGAGACGGACACGUGGACAUCCCAGGGCCAGCUGCCUCACAAACUCUUUGAUCAUGCCUGCCUCACUCUGCAGUGCAUACCCCACACAUCCACCUUCACGUGAGGUGGGAUGUUUACCCUCUGUCGGAGUCAAAAUGCUGGCUGUUGCAGUGACA